ACUUCAAAAUGCAGGCUGCCCGAUUAGAUUUGCGUCUACGUGAUAUCCACAAUCUUGAGUUACACGGCGCAUGGGUCUCGAGCGCGUCGCUGGCAGACGAGGCCAGUCGACUGAUCGUGUCACGUAUCGUCUGACUUCGCACGCAGACAGCCGCGCUGUAUUGUCAAGGGGAGCAGUUCGUCGUCAUAAUUCACUCAACACUGCGCUUAAGCGCGGGGCGAAUUGGAUAGCAAAAUGAGCUGCCGCAAGCGCUGCCGGUUUUUAUGUACUGCGUAGAAUGGGCUCUAAAUCCGGCGCGAGCUCGUGGUGAAUUUGGGUGCUCGGAGAAACGAGACUUCCGCGAUGACGAAAACGGGUGCUACGCGCUGGAUGCUGUGGUUGCUUUGGGGGUCUUGCGUGCGAACCGCGCCUGGCGUCCCUCCGAACAUCGUCGUAUUUGUGGCCGAUGAUUUGGGAUGGGGAGAUGUGAGCUUCCACGGGUCUCCCCAGAUUCCCACGCCGAACAUAGACCUCCUCGCCGCAGACGGCAUUACCUUGAACAACUACUACGUGUCCCCGUUGUGCACGCCUUCUAGGAGUACGCUGCUGUCGGGCAGACAUCCCAUCCACACAGGAAUGCAGCACGAUGUCAUCUACACGGCUUAUGAGUACGCGUUCCCCCUACGAUUCCCGCUGAUGCCCCAGUUUUUCAAGAAGCUCGGCUAUGACACUCAUGCAGUUGGAAAGUGGCACCUCGGUCACAUGACCGUCGACCACACGCCAACCAGACGUGGAUUCGAUUCUUUUUAUGGCUACUACUCGGGUCAUCAGGGCUACACGGACCACAGUGUGUUGGAGGUAUACAACACUGAAAAUGACUCCUGGGUCGGCUGGGGUCUCGACAUAUGGGAUAACUUGGAAGCGGACUACAAUGCGGCCGGGAAGUACUCAACCCAACUCUUCACAGAAAAGGCGAUUGAUCUCCUCGGGAAGCGAAACCAGAGCAAGCCAUUUUUCCUCUACCUGAGCCACCUUGCUGUUCACGUCGGGAACAAGUUCUCCUUGCUUGAAGCACCCGACGACUACGUGGAAAGGUUCAGCCAUAUCAUGGAUACGAAGAGAAGAAAUUUCGCAGCUAUGCUGUCGUGCCUGGACGACGCCUUGGGGGAAUUGCUGAAGGCCUUGCAUUCGGCGAAGGCCAUCGAGAACACAAUCCUGGUGUUCACCACCGACAACGGGGGCGCUGCCGGCGGUGUGGACGAUAGUGCAGGAUCCAACUGGCCGCUGCGCGGAAGCAAGGCAACCCUGUGGGAGGGCGGCGUCAGAGGAGUCUCCUUCAUCUGGAGUCCUCUGAUCCACAGACCUCGCGUAGCUCAGCAGUUGAUGCACGUGUCCGACUGGCUCCCCACGCUCUACUCGGCGGCUGGUGGAUCGGUGCCCGACCUGGGGGACAUCGAUGGCGUGGACAUGUGGGACAGUCUCUUGAAGGACAGCGCGUCGCCGCGCUUGGAAGUGCUGCACAACAUCGACCCGAUCUCGAAUAUGUCUGCGCUGCGGUACGGCGAUUUCAAGUACGUGCAAGGCUCCUACGACGAUGGCCGCUUCGACAAGUGGUACAAGCCGGCAGGACUCGCCCAUCCGUCGACCGGGGAAAGCAGCGUGCGCUACAAGGAUAACGUUGUCGACAAGAGCGGCAUCUUCGGCACGGAAUGUGCCGCCUCAGAGACUAUUCUCGCUCUGGGGCGCUCCCUGCCGGUACGUCGUCAUGAAGAAGUGCGGGUCUCCUGUGGAAAGACCAAUGGCACCGUGUGCAAACCCCUGCUUGAACCCUGCCUGUUCCGCAUCGACAGUGACCCCUGCGAGAUCGCCAACGUCGCCAACAAGUACCCGGAAAUUAUGAAGCUUAUGACGCAGAGGAUCGAGAUGCAUGCUAAAACAAUGGUGCCUCCCAUCAACAAGCCGCCAACAAGAAAGGCAGAUCCCAGAAACUUCAACUUCACGUGGGCGCCGUACGAACGGGACGAAGGUUAUCAAUACAUAAUCGCCAAUCAUCGUGAUAACACAUGAAAAUAACAACCUACCGCUAAUAUCGAAAACCUCACAAACCGCUGUGUUCACCAUAAUCUGUUCGGCGACAUCGACAUUGAACGAGUGAAAAUACUAAGGCUUUCAGAACUGUUGA